UGACGUUCGAGUUUCCGGCCACCGGUGCACUGCCGGAGCUCGAAAUCCACAACAAUGGACGACGACAAAGAUCCUCAUUCACCAAUCGAAACCUUCCACGAUUCCAUUGACGGGGAACCUAAGCAAAAAAAACCUGAAAGUUCGAUUGCUGCAGAGUUGAAGACGAAGAAAAGAAAAGCUUUAAUCGAGCUCCGUUCUCGUCUCGAAGAUUCCAUACUCAAUUACACCCUCAUCGGAGAAAAAUACAAAGCGAGCGAGCAUCUUAGAGAAUUACAGAUCUGGGGUGUCCCUUUGUUACCCAGUCGAGGCCUCGAGAGAACCGACAUCAUUCUCAAAAAAUUCUUGAAAGCCAAAGAUUAUAACGUCCAAAACGCUUUUGAAAUGAUAGCAAACACGAUUAUAUGGAGGGAAGAUUUUAAUGUAGAUAAGCUGUUCGAGGAAACGUUUGGCCCAGAUCUUGACAAUAUUGGGCACAUUCAGGGCAGAGAUAAAGCAGGUCGCCCAUUGUGUUACCAAUUGUUCGAAACAUUUAAAGAUAAAGACACUUUACGUAAGAGAUUAGGAACCAAGGAAUCAUGCAAUGAAUUCCUUCGUUGGCGAAUUAAACUAAUGGAAGGAUGCGUUCUUAAACUCGACUUCAAACCCGGUGGUGCAGAUUCUGUCAUCCAAAUUAUGGAUGUCAAGAACAUACCCAGACCAUUUCUGAACGAACUGUUUGCAGGUAGCAAGAAAUAUUUUUCCAUUUUGCAAGAAAAUUAUCCAGGGAUCAUUUACAGAAUUGUGAUUGUUAAUGUCCCGAUGUGGUUUUUCGCCUUCUAUACGCUAAAUAUGCGAUUAAUGACAAGAAAGUACAAAGUAAUGUACGUGAAGCCAUCGGCAAUCACUGAGACCCUUCUCAAAUUUAUAGAUCCGGAACAUCUCAUGGCUCCAUACGGCGGUCUAGGAAUAAAAGGCGGCGAAUUCUCGCCGGACGAAAAAGCGAUAGAGCAGAAGCUCAAAGGAUAUGCAACCGAUAGCAUCGAGAUACCUACUGCAGAGGUCGGGAUGACCGUGUAUUGGGAUUUAACGGUAACGGGAAAUGAUGUGAGUUACAAGGAAGAAUUUGUGCCAGAAGACGAAGGUUCAUAUAGUGUGUUGGUUUCAAAAGGAAUACAAAUAGGGAGAAUGACUUCAAAUUCAUUUCAUGCAUGCAAUAUGAUAGCCAAAUGA